AUGUAUUCAAAUACGGAUAGACCACAACAAUCGAUGCCGUCGUAUGGACGAGAUACUUUCAGGGGAGAGAGAACUUCGGCUUGUACAAUGUUGAUUAAGUAUCAUUGUAAUAUAAUCGUUCGAAAAGCGAAAACAAUUUCGAAAUUGGAAUUGAUAAGUUUCCUUGAUAAAUGCCAGCGUGAAAUAAAACUUUCAUCGAGCGAAUCACAUCUUACAAGUUUCAACUAUAUUCUAGUUACACUUGUUCUUAUUCGGCCAUCAACAUUAGUAGAAGUUACGCGACACAAUUUUUUCAGUCUAUUACGAAGACCAUUGAUGAGUACUAUUGACCAGUGGUUUCAAAAUUGUAAAUUAGAUGGAAAACAAGGACUUUUUUUUCGAAAUGUUACAAAAUUUUUAAAAUUUUUAUUCAAGAAUACUGAAACGUUCGACUUCAAUCCAUCGUGGCUAUUCGCGUCAUCACUUAUCAGCAUGAUCGCUACUCACACUGCAGAUUUAGUUAAAUCCAAAAAGUAUUUUUCGGACAAAAACAAACGUGAACUAAAAAGUUUUACACGAUUAUUUGGUAUCUAUGUUGAUUAUCAAGAACGAAUCAAUAAAGAAAAGAGUUUUCCAAAGGAUAUAUUAUUUCAAUUUGUUGGUCCUAUUGUUCGUUGUCUUUGUUCAAAUCAUUAUAUUGAUUCGUUUGAGAUGGAAGAAACAAGUAAAAAUAUGAUGACAACAAAAGAAAGAUUUUUUCUUAUUCAAUGUCCAUCAUUUAUUAUAUCUUACAAUAGUAGCCGCAUUGAACAAAUGAUCACCAGUUUACUUACAGCGAUGGUAUCUCAAUAUGUGACAUUAUUAAAUAAAACGAUUCCAUUUAUCUUUCAAUGGAAUCAAUCAAUGUUUGACGCCAUAAAUCAUCUAUUAAAAUUAGCCAAUCAUGAAUCAGUCAAUGUAAAAGUUUUUAUUGAUCAUCUACCGUUUGUCAAUCAUAUUUUAACUUUAAUUGAUACAUCAAUGUUGUAUAACAAUAUGGUCGAAUUACUAUCUACCGAAGAGACAACAUUAAUCAAUACAGCCAUUAGUUUUCUUCUUAAAGUAACAAGUGAACCAACAAUUUUGGCUCAUAUCAAACAACAGAAAACAACGUCUAUACUGCUUCGUUUAACAUCAACUCAGCAUGAAUCUUUAAGAUUUAAUACUUAUAUGCUUCUUGCUCAUACAGCAACCGAAGAGGAUAUAAAAGCAAUGCCUAAGCCAGGUAUUUUAGUUACAGCAGUUUAUAGAUCAUUAAAAACUCUUAUUCGAGAAAAACCUGAUGAUCGAAAACAAAUGCGACAAACUCUAGAAACACUGAAAAAUCUUGUUCAACAUGAUCAACUGAAGAAAUCAUGGAUCAAAAGAAAUGGUGUUCCAAUUCUUGUGGCAUGUACUAAAAAGUGUACUGAAGGCGUAUUAACAACACUAUUCGAAAUUCUAUGGGCACUAUCAUUUCUUCCAGACGCAGCAAAUGUACUUCGUGCGGAUACUGAAUUUAUUGACAAGAUUCAAAUGAUAUCGCAAUCUAGUAGUACUGAAGAACUGAAAAGAUUAUGUCAAGGACUUGUUUGGAAACUAUUACAAGAACCAGAGUAUCUGGAAAAAAUUGCAAAACAACGACAACAAGACAAAGAAGAUGACAAUGCAACAGAAGUCGUAAUUGGAGACGAUGGAAUGGAACAUGUGGUCAGUACGAAAAAAUCUGCACAGGAUGCUGCUGAUCGAAUAUUUCAAUAUGAUAUGAUGAUUUCCUAUUGUCAUGCCGACAAAGAUAUAAUCUAUAAAAUCCAUGAAUAUCUUCUAGCUCAAGGUUUUAAAAUAUGGAUUGAUCUUAAUAAUAUGUUCGGGCCAGCGAUGAAUGCUAUGGCUGAAGCGGUGGAAAAUUCUGAAUUUGUAAUUAUGUGUAUGUCUGAUUCUUAUAAGCAAAGUACAUAUUGUCAAGCUGAAGCUGAAUAUGCAUUUAAUUGUAAACGACGUCUUCUUCCAUUGAUUGUCCAAACAGACUAUAAGCCAGAUGGUUGGCUAGGAUUCAUGAUUGGAUCAAGAAUUUAUGUCGAUUUUGGCCGUUUCGAUUUUGCUACAGCAUGUGAAAAAUUGCUGAAUGAAAUUAGUCUACAGAGAAAACGACCGCUUCCAUCUGCAACGGAUAAACUGGGCCCACAUGUAAAACCAAGUGACAAACGUUCAGAAAGUUCAGCAACAUCUGGCACAUUAUCUGAUGAAUACACGAAAAGAAUAAUUUCAUCAAAUUUUAAAGCGAAACCUUUGAAGCAUUGGACAGAAUCGGAUUUAUUCGAUUUUCUUUUCGAUCAGCGUUUAAAUGAACUCAUGCCUUUAUGUGAAAAAAUGGAUGGUCAAGCAAUAAUACAAUUAUACAAAAUGUGUCUAUCGCAAAAAAACGAAACAUAUAAUUCACUCAAUAUAGAACUUAACUCGGGACAACAAAUAAAAUUACCUGUUUCAGUUUAUACGCGAUUUCUAAGUAUUAUGGAGCGAAUAACUGAACCUCCUGCGCCGCCAAUUUGUUUUUCUAUCAUCGAAGAAGAACUUCCAUAUAAGCUAUCAAAUCAAUCUCCUGAUAUGUCUUAUGAUAUUUUAGUUACAUCGCCUGAGUCGGCAUCACGAGUUAUAGAAAUAGUUAACAGUAUGAUGCCAGGAACAAAAGCAACAAACCAUCAAUUCGAACAGCAUAAUAAUCCCAUGCAUCAAUCAUUCAAUAUGGUUCAACAAUAA